AUGAUUGAAAUUAAAAUUAUUAAAGAAAUUAUUAAUUUUUUAAAUAGAAUAAUAUUAUAUUUAUAUAAAAUUGCCGAAGCUUCUGCUAAAAUUGAAGUAAUUUUAAAACAAAAAGAUGAUGAAUUACGAAAUCAAAAAAAACUUUAUGAUGAUUUAUUAAAGACAUUAAAUGAUAUUGGUCCUAUUGUUGAAAAAGCAGUUAGAGAAGCAUUACAAAACUUGAAUAUUGAUAAUGAUUUAAAAGAAAUUAAUGAGGCUCUUAAAAAAAUUGAUAAUAAAGAUUUGAAAAAACUUAUUAAUGAAAAAACAGAAGAAAUUAAAGCAAAAUUAGAUGAUUUUCAGAUACUAACUCCUAUUGAAGCUGAUGAUAUUGCAAGUACUUUAGAACAACUUGCCAAUGAAUAUCAAUCUAAUCUUGAUACAACAGGAAAUAGAAGUAAUCCAUAA